UUUCCUCAUAAAGGGAAGUAAAGUAUAAAAUAUACUGAUUACAUCCAUAAGCCCAUUUUACGAAGGAUAGAUACUAUAGAUGCUCUCCUUAAACUCAUGAGUAGUUUUUACCGAUACUUGUGGCUGAAUUCCUUUGAGCGACCUUUCUUGUAAUACACCUAUUAGAGUCUACUUUUAUGUGAGUCGGAGUAAUUACGCUGGCGUCUCUUUCUCUACAUAAUAACCACGUUGACAUCAAUACACUUGAUCAGAGGCGCGCAUUUUUGCAUUUAUGAAGGUUUCCGUCCAUUAUUUUCAGAAGUUUGUCAAUGAGGGUUCAGUUUCUGCCUGUAAGCCGUGGAACUUCCCAUUUUGCGUUUAAUUCGUCUCUAUCCCAUGAUAUAUGUGUAUAUACAUAGGUACUUUUAUACGACUUUGCUUACUGAUGGUAUGCCCUAAUGCGUAGGAAUAAAACAGAGUUGCCAACUUGGUUUUUCAAGUUUUUAUGCUUAUUUGUUGCUAUUCACACGACUUUAUCUGAAAAUGAUUAGGCGUGGCAUGGCGUGUGCUGAGGUUUAAUUUUUAAGUCGUGUAAGAUAUUGAGUUUCCUAAGGGAAGAUUGUAAUCAGCGUUAUUGAUGGGUGAACAGUACCUCUUUUACGGAGCUUUUCUUUGUAAUUGAUAAAGCAUGAUCAAUUAAAAAAUUCAAUACAUAAAUAAAUAAAUCAAUAAAUAAAAAUAUAUUAAGUGCAUGGUGACAGGUCGACUAAAUGUUGAAUAAUCUUUCUAAUCUUUUCUAUUUUCCUUUUUUAUCGCAUCUGACAGAAGAUUUAUUAAUCUAAUAUCACCUACAGCUAAGUAGGAGCGUAUGUAGCGAAUAUAUAUAUAUAUUUAUAUAUUAUUUUUUAUUUUUCAUUUUUAAUAUCCACACCAUACAAACCAAUGGGCGUUGAUAAGGAGUACCUUAUUGAACUCGCGAUCUGUGUAGUCGUGUUAGGGGCCAGUACGUUGAUAUAUCAUUGGUUUCCUCUCGCACGGGCCGGUGCCGGGAUUGUAGCAAUCCUCACUGUUUUUUACAUCCUGCGUGUCUGGCGUAUUUUACCCAGCUAUAAAAAAUGGGUGAAUGCGGAGCUCUUUCUAAAGACUAAGAGGAUUAUGGCGAAAAACAUCGCGCGAUCCACUUCGAGCUUAAAUGCGCCGUAUGCAGCGACAAGAAGCCCCCAUCCCUCAUUCGAGCUGGUCAAUUUCCCUCAGAGGGAUAAUUCCCAAUACAGCUUCAAGCCCUCAUUCGAGCUCGUCAAUCCCUUUUCAAAGAUGAUUUACCAGAAUAGCUUCCCGCCCGCAUUUGAUCCGCGUAAUUUCCUUCAGAAGGGAAAUUCCCAAGACAACUUCCAGCCCUCAUUCGAGCUCGUCAAUCCCUUUUCAAAGAUGAUUUACCAAAAUAGCUUCCCGCCCUCAUUUGAUCCGUAUAAUUUCCUUUCGAAGAGUAAUCCCUAUUUUAGCUUCCCGCCCGCCCUACCUAUGCCUUUCUUCCUCGCUCAGACGAACCACGGGAUUAUUUGCUUGCUCGGUGACGGCGAAAAUGGAAGUUCGGCCGGCCUCGGCAGAAAUUUCGACGUCUACCCGCCGUACCUCGCACAGUGUCCUCUGCCCUCGCAGUUUUUGUCGUUUACCGGCGCGAGGACAGAGGAGCCGGUCUGCGCGGCAGCCCAAUCCGCCCCCGCGGGGGUCAUCCCCACACGGCAACACUCAUUUUCUACUAGGAAAAAUGAGCCUUACCCAUUGACGUCAUGA